AUUAUGUCUAUUGGAGCAAACCAGCAGGAUGGUCAGAGCAGUUUGGAUAGUACUAUUAGUACUCUGAAAAGGUGUCUGCAGAUUGCUCAAAGAGAUGCAACUCCUCAGCCAUGCAAUUCCAGUGAUCAGGUUGGUUAUAUAAUUAAAUUAUCCUUUCACGAAAUUUUUAAGGAUGAAACGCAAAUUGGCGAUAUUAUGCGCCUUAUAACGAAAGAUCUCAGUGAACCUUAUUCCAUAUACACGUACAGGUAUUUCAUUCACAAUUGGCCGGAGUUAUGCGUUUUGGCUUACGAUACAAUAAACAAUUCAUAUGUUGGUGCAGUUGUAUGUAAGUUGGAUAGAAAUGCCGAAGGACGACGGAAAGGAUAUCUAGCAAUGCUAGCAAUUGAUGAAUUGUACCGGAAGCUGGGACUCGGUACACGAUUGGUUCGCCGUGCUAUUGAGAGGAUGCAAGCUCAGGGAUGUGAUGAAGUUGUCCUUGAAACAGAGGUUUCUAAUGUAAACGCGCAACGACUUUACAGCAAUUUAGGAUUUAUUCGCGAGAAACGGCUAGUCAGGUAUUAUCUCAAUGGUGUUGAUGCGUUUCGAUUGAAAUUAUAUUUUUCUCCGCCUCUAGCUGCUGCAAUGAAAUCUUCCCUCGUUUGA